GAAAAGUUGAUUUUCAUUUAACCUUAUUUUGUUAUGAUAUUUUUGUUGUUAUGAAAUUCCCAUGUGGGAUAACCACGUGCAUUUAAUCAUUUAAAACAGCAAAUCAUAUCAGGACAUAGUAUUGACAUUAUUAUAGCCUCGAAAGGGAAUUGGACAUACUAUGAUAAAUUGGUCAUGGUAUCAUUCAGCUGUUGUGCUUGGUGUAUUAGGAUUGGUUUUUACUCACAUUCAAGAUAAUCAUGUGAGCUACGUUAAAGAUUUUUCCUGCGUUGUUUACAACUGGGAGAGAGUUAUAUGUACAUGGAAUAUAACAGAUAGUAUUGACAUAAAGACUGUUAAGGUUUAUUGGCAACCCAUAGUUCCAUUUCCAAAGUGGUACUAUUGCCCUGAACUUAUCAACAAUACAUCAUGUGAAUGGAGCAUAAAUGACCAUAAUAUUGACAUAGAGAGAAAACAUAACAUCAGCGUCACUAUUAACAGUAAUAUACACAACUUCUUCCUCGUAAGAUGGAAUGAAUCAGUAUACCCAGAUCCUGUCAAUAGACUGUUUGCAAUGGCGAAAAAUUGGUCAUGCGUGUUACUUGAAUGGAAACAUUCAGAUCAUGUGCACAAUAAGACUUUUAAUGUUAUGUACAGGCCGAAAAGAGCACUGCAAACCAAGAUACUCACCCUUUGCUCCGAGAAAGGCCAUGUCCGCAGUGAAAUAUGUCAUCUAAAACCAUACACGAGAUACGAAAUACAGGUGACAUGUAAACCUGAAAGAAAAGGGCGUUGGAGUAAAAUAGUUAAAACAAUAGUCAGAACUAACAAAACAGUUCCUGAAUCUCCACCAAGUACAGAUAUUGGAGGAUAUUCCUGGAUACAACCAUCGAAGAAUUCAUCAGCCGAUGUCACGAUGUUCUGGAAGCAAAUUGAAAAGUCAAAGUGGAAUGGCGAUACAAUACAGUAUGGGGUAUAUCUCAUGUCAGCAAACGGGAUAAUUUUACUCCAAAGUAGUGGAAAGUUUUAUUCUACAUUUAACAUCGAUACUACUGUGGCGUAUCAAGCUUUCCUAUACUCAUACAACGAAAUUGGAAAUUCAACCUUAGAGUCUGUUCAAAUACCAUCAUAUAAAGAUAUUGAAUUUGUUGAAGAAAUAGUUGCUGUCAAAGACAUGGAAUCUAAAAUAGAGUUGCAUUGGACGUUUACAGAAACAAUAGAUGUUUCAUCGUACACUUUAUUUUGGUGUGAACAAGCUUUCUGGGAUAUAUGCAAGGAUACUCCAAAUUCGAUAGAAAUAAGCUCAGCAGAUGGACAUAGUUAUUCAACCUUACCAGGACCAUUUACAAACGCCUCCACAUAUUUAUUUGGUGUAUCGUAUACAUCAAAGAACAAUAUGACGUCAGGUUUUAAAUGGUCAGACUGCUAUAUCGAUGUUAAUAAAGAAUUUAAUUUGCAGUUAGAAGUUACACUUUAUCCAAAAGAAGAUGGUGUCCUUGUAAAAUGGCGAUUACAAAAGUGCAAUUUCGAAAAGGUCAUACAGUUGAUCGAUUUUUACAAUAUUCAGUUUUGUGAACGAAAAGGAUGCGAAGGCAGGUAUCAGUACUAAAUAAAUAAGGAUAGUCAGAACGAUCAUUUAUACAAAAGUAGUAUAUCGAUGUUCAAGUCUCACGAUUAGAUUGAACUAAGACAAAAAUUCAAAAAAACAGACAAUAACCACAAAUUCUUUGUUUAACUUUGCUCAGUAUAGGUAAUAUUUUUUUGGAAGUC